UUUGAGAGGUCAAGCACAGCUGGAGCGCAGUUUGUUCAAAAUGAGAUUAUUGAUUUCACCAUAGUGAUAAUAAUCUGACUGUGGGGAAAGGAGAACGAUAAAUAAACAAACAUAAAGAAGCACCCCACCAAAAAAAAAUUGUUUGGAGACCAGUCCUCUUGGUUUUAGCCAACAGGAGGCAUGGAGACUGUCGGAGCAGGGGGAGGCGCGCCGGUGGGAUACUGUCUCUGGAAGGCUGCUUUUCUUCUUGUUCUGUGGAAAGUGUCUGACAGCCAAGCAGGAGCAGCAGGGACUGGACCAGGUGGAGGGUCGGACUCAUCCCAAUCUCGUUUCUCCUCCUCCCUCCCUACUUAUCUCCCAGUCCAAUGCCAAAUAAGUGGAGCUGACUCCGCCUUCUUCUUGCGGGAAGCUAAUCAGGAGGUCAUGCGAAAUGGCAGCCUGUCAUUGCGGACUGAGCCUUUCUUUCUUCACCAGCUGGAGCCAGGCAUCGCCGCUCCACAGGCCCUGCCGAGUGUCAAUUGCAGCUACGGAAAUCUGAGCAUUGAGCAGCCGAUCCCUGUGGAGCUCCUUCAAGGUCCUCAACCACAUCUGCUGAUCUCAACCAACCAGGUGACGCUGAACUGGAAGGUCAAAGGUCAAGUGGUGGUACCAAAAGUGGGGGCAACAAAACCAUGGAUCCAGGUUCUGUUUUAUCUGAUUGGGCGGCGCUGGGAAGAGCCUGACCCUCCUCUUCCAUCUCUUCUGCCAUGUGUCAGAGCCUUGGCCAUCCGUGACAUCAGUGAAGCAGCACCUUCAGCAGGCUGCCGUCUCAUGGGACCAUCUGGCAUCUGUGUUGUCCGUCUGGAGAUUCCACCAGCUUGGUUUACACCAUCACAAGUGAGAAGAAGACCUCUUGACGUGACACUACCACCAGUGGAAGUCUAUUACUCAAUUAUACCAACGGACGUAGCAGGCCAAGACUGUCCCUCCAUUGUUAAUGAGCCUUGGAAAGCUCAGAGCGGAAAUGUUGGGCCUCUUGGAGGCCUUGGCAUGGGUCUUGGAGGACAGUGGAACCCCUUAGAGGAUGGAGGCCUUCAGGACAUGCUGAAAGCUGGUUCUGUGGAGAUGAGCAUGGGCCCAGUUUCUGCCAAAGGAGAAAAAUUGCGGUUGGACGAAAUUGUGGAGGUUCUUGUGCCACCCAGUCCAGUUCGACUUGGCAAGACAGUAGCAUUUGGCAUCUACAUGAGGACAGAUUCGAACACAGAGCAAUUUACAUUGAGGGUGUGGUUCCAGUCGGGCAUCAACUUCCUGGCUGUGAAACCCAGCAACUUUGUCGCGUGGGAGAUCAAACAGGAAAUGGCACCGGGAAGCAGUUACUUGGCAGUGAUAUGUCAGAGAAAGUCCUCCUCCACAGCAGAGAGAAUGGAAAGUCCCACAUACGAGGUGAUGCAGUUGGAGUUUGAGGUGGACAACGUGAUUAACCUGGUGCCAACACAGACUCUGCACUGGACAGUGGAGUACCCGUCCAGUGCACAGACAUCAUCAAGACAAACAGAGAAAGUCUCACACCUCUACAUCAGCAAUGCUGACAUCCAGGGCAUUGUACCACUGGCAGAGGUUUCCUCAAACUGUGACCAAGUGUUGGUGAACGGGAAGGAAAUGCGAGGCCGGCAGUCCUUGGCAGUCAACUUCACCUACCUCCACCUGUCUGCUCAGCUGCUGCUCACCAUCUGGGUGCCCAAGCUUCCCCUCCAGAUAGAUGUGUCUGAUACUGAGCUGAGCCAGGUCAAAGGCUGGCGGGUGCCGAUCACCACCAACAAGAGACCCACCAGAGACAGCGAGGAUGAUGAAGAUGAUGAUAGAAAGGGAAAAGGCUGCACUCUACAGUACCAGUAUGCACUGGUGCGGGUCCUCACCUAUUUUGUCGCAGAGCCGGCAGACCCUGGAGGAGAAAUGAUCUACAUGCUGGGUCCUGACUGGCAAGCUGAUAUUACACCUUUGGUCUCAGACCAGUUAAAGGUAGAAGAUCCUCGCAUUGCCAGACUAGUAGAUGGACAUAUCCUAAUCGGGCGGGACCUUGGCAUCACCACUAUACAAGUUCUGUCUCCCUUGUCUGACUCAAUAUUGGCAGAGAAGACUGUGACAGUACUGGACGAUAAGGUAACAAUCACAGAUCUAGGAGUCCAGCUGGUUGCAUCUUUGUCUCUCAGUAUGACGGCAAGUCCUGGAAAUUACCAGGCUAUACAGCUAACCACUACAGCUACAGAUGUGCUACACACACCUAAACAGGAAGCUGGGUUCAGUGCAUGGAUCCAGUAUAGUGAUGGCUCAGUGACGCCUCUUAAUGUCUAUGAUCCUAAGGACUUCCUCCUUUCAGCUGUCUCACUAAAUGAGAGUGUCAUCUCUAUAAACAAUCAGGAGCAGCAUUGGCCAAUUAUAGUUGCAGAGGGUGAUGGACAAGGGUCAUUGGUUCGUGUCGAGAUGAUCAUCUCCGAGACUUGUCAGAAAUACAAACGGAAGAGUGCGCUGGUGUCUGGAGUUGGUUAUGUGGCUGUUAAGUUUGGAGCAAAUAGUGAAGAUAGAGGUGGACCAGAGGAUGGUGGAGGAUUGGACAAUAGCACCAACGAACAAAGGACAAAGGAAGGAGGAGAGUGGAAGUCCAACAGUGCUGCAGUGGACAGAGAGGAAGGAGCUAUGAAGAAGGUUGGCACAACAACCAAAAGCACAGUGACCCACCGUGCUUUAGGUGGAAGAGCUGGCAGCAGCCGAGGCAGUGGGCCCAACCAGCAAGGGGACUAUAGCAGCAACCCUGCACAGGUGGAGGUACCAGGAACUGGGAAUGGUGAGCUGACCCAGACCACAAGAGGCCUGUCAGAUCUGGAGAUUGGGAUGUAUGCCCUUCUGGGAGUAUUCUGCCUGGCAAUACUGGUCUUCCUCAUCAACUGUAUCAGCUUUGCUUUCAGAUAUCGUCACAAGCAGGUUCCUGUACUAGAGGCAGGCGGCAACAUGAACCAUGCACAUGAUUGGGUGUGGCUUGGCAAUGAGGCUGACCUUUUAGCUGACCACACUGACCAAUGUCAGGGUGGACUGCCUGAUGAAUGCACCACCAUCAUUGAUCGAAAUGAAGGAGGAUACGAAGAAAACAAGUACCUGCUGAAUGGUGCUGGAAACACUUUGGUGAUGGGUGUAGGCACAGGCAUGGGCAAGAUUAGUGGGAGUGGUGGCACAGGUGGACUUCGGGGAGUCACCCAUGGACAAACCUUGCCAAGAUCUGUCCCAGAACCUCAUCAGUGCCUUUCAGCAAUCACUUCCAGUGGCAAGGACACUACUGGUCAAACAGAGCAUUUGAAUAAUUCUCCCAGAGCCACGGCUGCAGCUGCAGUUGCAGCUGCCAAACGCAAACGUGUCAAAUUCACAUCUUUUGCCACUGUUUUACCCACGGAUAACUCAUGUGGGGGUGGCGCAUACACCAACUCCUCAGUCCUUGUAACCAAUAGUAAUGAGGAUGACAUCAAAUGGGUGUGUCAGGAUAUGGACCUGGGUCGGUCUGAAAUCAGAACCUACAUGGAGAGGCUACAAGACAAUCUGUGACUGAUAAGAGUAAGACUUAAAAAAAAGAGGUGGCAGUGGAUGAGUGCAAAAGGAAGAACGGGCAAUGAGUACAAUUCACCUGUAAUGCCUUUGCAGCGGAUUAAUGGAGGGACUAAGGGAGCAAGACGGGAGCAGUAAAAAGAAAACAAAGUGUCCUAAAGAUGUCGGAAGAUUUUCAGACAGACAGUACUGGGGUUGCUUAUGUUUAGCAUCUGUU